AUGGGAUUUAGUACCAUCAGAGAAAUUGUUGAGGAAGUUUGCCAUAUUAUUUGGAAAGUAUUAAGUCCUAUUUAUAUGCCAAAGCCUACAAAAGAUGACUGGAAAAAAAUUAGCAAGGAGUACAAAGAAUUGUGGAAUUUCCCCAAUUGUCUUGGAUCUCUCGAUGGUAAGCACAUUAACAUUAGGUGUCCGAUAAAAGGAGGAUCAGCAUACUAUAAUUAUAAAGGAUCAAAUUCAAUAGUUCUACUAGCUCUAGUGGAUGCUCAUUAUAGAUUUAUAACCAUUGAUGUGGGAUCUUAUGGUCGUAACUCAGAUGGAAAUGUAUUCGCCAAAUCUAUAUUAGGAAAUGCUUUUGAAAUCAAAAAGUUGGAUGUACCCGAAGAUACACCACUGGAAGACAAUGGAGAACCUAUGCCAUACGUGAUUGUUGCAGAUGAAGCAUUUGCCCUAAAACCAUAUCUCAUGAGACCGUACAGUAGAGUAUCUGUUACUGGAAAUGAGAGGAACAAAACUUUUAAUUAUAGACUUUCAUGUGCACGUCGUGUUGUGGAGAACGCAUUUGGAAUACUGUCUGCUCGUUGGAGAGUAUUUAGAACAGUCAUACAAGUACAGCCUAACUCAGUGGACAAAAUAGUACUUGCUGCAUGUUGUCUUCAUAACAUGCUUUGUCGUAGUCAUGAUUAUGAUUAUUAUUUAGAUGAUAUAAACGAGGAAAGUGAAAUCGGAGAAGGUCUUGACAAUUUAGAGCCAUUAAGAGGAAAUAGUAAACAACGAUCAUUUGAAGUACGUGAUAAAUAUAGAGAUUAUUUUUUGUCAACCAAUGGUGCGGUACCGCGGCAGUAUGAAAUGGUUCGAAGAGGAAGAAUCAAUUAA